GUUCAAUUUUGCAAAGUUCUAAGAUUCUGAGAGGAAAAUCUGUCCCCACUGUGCUUCUCUCCAUUACUUCCCUUUUUGGGUUUUUGGUCUUUUGCUGUUUGGAUUCUGAGAAAACAACCAAGAAAACCCGAAAGGAAAAUUCAGCAGCAAAAGAAAAAGCAUACAAGACUCUCUCCCUUACCCCUUCCCUACCCCACUUCCUUGCUCAGCAAUGGAGGACACGGCCAAGUUGCGAUUGGUGAGGUGCCCCAAGUGUCAAAAUGUGCUUCCCGAGCUUGCCAAUUACUCUGUUUAUCAAUGUGGUGGUUGCAAUGCUGUUCUUAGAGCAAAGCUUAAAGGUUCUGAAAGUGGUAGCAUGUGGGAGGCAUCAGAUGAGGGACAGGGUGGAGGGGAUGAUGCUAAAUCAGGAAAUUCCUUGGGGAAAGGGGUAGUUGAUUUGAGUGAUAAUUCAGAUGUUGAUGUUAAGUCCAAUGGUGGUUUCUCCGGGGAGGAUCAAAGAAGGGAUUCAGAGAGAUCAAGUAGAGGACACGAGCAGUAUCUGGAUCAUUCCAAGGAUGGGGAUGAGAAAGGGGUUUUGGAGAAUGGUUUUGAUGUCAAUAAAGACAAAGAUGAAGGAGGCAAAUCAAAAGGAAGAGUGAAGCAGGAGCAGAAGUAUCGAAUGGGAGGGUCUGAAUUCUCUGGGAGAAUGUCUAACUGGCCAAAUGAGGAGAGAGGUGGGAUGGAGGGGUUUUGGAGAAAGCCACAAGCUGAGAUAGAAGGUGUGAGAUUUACCACUUUGAAUUACCCUGAUGAGGGAACUUCCAAUAGCUAUUCCAGUUUUUCUUAUAAUCAUGGCGAACAAUGGAGGAAUUAUAAAGACAUGGAUGGUGUCAACAGGGUUCAGCACCUCGAGCAAGAUCGAGCUGAGCUUCUGAGGAAGCUGGAUGAGUUAUCCAACCAGCUGAACAAGUCUUCUGAAGUGGUUCAUAACCAGAAGGAAAAGGUUGUUCCUCAUGGAAAGAUGGUUCCUCCAGAUCCUUAUAGUGGCCCUACUGAUACUUUUUUUCCGGAUGGAUCAUCAGGGAUGAACAGGACUUCAAGACAAUUCUUUGGCCCUAAUAAACACAUGGCAGGUCCCUCUUAUUUCAAUUAUCAUCAUGAUCCAUAUGCUUAUACUAGUGGUCAUGAAAUGGCUAUGCCCAACUUCCACCCUUCAAUGCAUAAUCCAAAUUAUAUGCCUGGAUAUGCUGAUCCUUUUGCAUCACAAAUGAUGAGGGGUUCACAUCCUUUACCUCAUCAAUUCCUGAACCAACCAAUGCAUCCCUACUUUCCUGAACGCUAUGCUGAUACUGCUCCAAAUUCAUAUGAUCCAUAUGCAUAUAGUGCUAUGCUUCAUGCACCUUCUUGUUCUUGUCUUCGUUGCUAUGAAAACAGAAGAAGAGGUUCAGUGCCAGUGCCACCUGCUGCCUUCGUUAAUGGCAGAUUUCCGCAUGCCCCAAAUGAUCCUAUGUUAUACCAUCAUGAGAUGCCAGGGUCAGUUGGUCCGCAUGCUCAUAAUUCUAGAACUGCCAUUCCUGCUGUGAGUUUACAUGAAAAACAAUUACAUACAAGAUGGCCUGAAGACUACAAUUCCGAGAUAAGUGGUUUUGUCCGAAGCCGUCCUCGAAAAGUGAUGCCUGCUGGUGGUAUUCGCCAUUGCCAUCCUAUAGCUGGCGGUUCUCCAUUCAUCACUUGUCAAAAUUGCUUUGAGUUACUGCAACUGCCUAAAAAAGCACUAGUCAUGGUGAGAAAACGUCAGCAGAAAAUGCGAUGUGGGGCUUGUUCUUCAGAAAUAAAUUUUGCUGUCAUCAACAAGAAGCUAGUUUUUUCUCUUCAAUCAGAAAUGAGGGAAACUACCACAUCCACAAGGAUUGAUGAUACCAUCAACGAUGUUGGGAAUAACCGUGUGUUACAUUCCCAUGGUCACGUGAACACAAGUGCUGUGAACUUCUCAUCUGAUGAUUAUUCUGGUUAUGAUUUUCAGUCGGUUGAUAGAGAAUCUCCUGUGUUGGCUGUGGACCCAAGCUUGAACUCAAGCAAAUCCCACGAGAUGCAAAGUUUCCGUUCUUCAUCUUCCAGCACCUCUGAAGAUGAAAAUAGUCCAGAAGUUAUGACUGCACCAAGUGAAACUACCAAGUCCAUAGAUCAGCCAACUAACGCCUCUCUAUAUCCUCCACCUACUGGCUCACCUCUUCAAGAGUAUUUUGAUUAUUCUAGUAAUAACCACGUGGUAAAUCGGCAUGGGAAAGGCAACCAAAGUAGUCGCUCAGAUCAGGAGAAGGCAAAAAUAGAAAAGAAUACUUCGAGGCAAAACUCUUUGAAGGAGGUAGUGCUUGCAACAGAGAUGGAUGUCCAUGAUUAUUCUAACACUGUGGUCUCCCAGGAUUCUGGUGAUGCUAGUCGAGAACAUGAUCAUCCUAGAUCUAAUAACAAAGGUGGUGAAUCAUUUUUGGCAAAUAUUAUCAAGAAAGGCUUCCGGGAUUUCUCCCUAACUAAUCAAAUCGAUGAUCACAGUAAAAGUGAUGUUACUGUAAAUGGACAGCCCAUACCAGAUCGUGUGAUUAAGAAGGCUGAAAAGCUAGCUGGACCAAUCCAGCCAGGAAAUUACUGGUAUGAUUUUCGGGCUGGAUUUUGGGGUGUCAUGGGUGGUCCAUGUCUUGGAAUAAUUCUGCCAUUCAUAGAAGAGUUCAGCUAUCCGAUGCCAGAUAAAUGUGCUGGCGGAAAUACUGCUGUUUUUGUAAACGGCAGGGAACUUCACCAAAAGGAUUUAGAUCUACUUUCACGUAGAGGGCUUCCUCAUGAUAGCAAUAGAUCUUAUAUCAUUGAAAUUUCUGGGAGAGUCCUGGAUGAAGACACAGGAGAAGAGUUAGACAGCCUUGGCAAACUUGCACCAACAGUGGAGAAAGCAAAGCAUGGAUUUGGCAUGAAAGCACCCAAAGCAGCUGCAUAACAGAGAAGUGUAUAAAUAAAAAGUUCUGCUAUAAUUUGGGAAGAUUUUUGUUCCAUCCUUCUGCAGAUUUGGAAAUGUUAUUUCUUAUAAGAUCAUUGGGAAACUUUUUAUAUGCUUGCAAGAUUACUUGAAUUUCUUCCGUCUGCUGCCUAACAAAGUCCAAAUGAUUUAUGCACGACUUGCGUCAGAAUCAUAGAUUAAUAUAACAUGUAAAUUUUGUAAUUCUUAUAUGGAUACGAAAAAGAGCAUAAACAUUAUUGUGCUCGCAAUCUUGCUUGUGGUCCAAUUUGGAAAACAAUGUAAUAUAUUCAUUGAUCAAUUUAUAAGGUGUGUAGUUAAGCAUUUUU